AGCGGCAUUGUGUCACAAUGUCUCGUAUUUCAAAGCGCAAAAGCUUAAGACAAAAGAAAAUAGUUCUCUUUAACAGAAAAGGGACUCCAUGUGGGAAAGUGGCAAAGGAAAUGCAAUCGUACAUCGGUGUGUUAGCUCGCAGAAAGAUACCAUUAAUAAGGAAAACAUGGAGAGAAGUGACACCCGAGGAGAAGGAGAAAAUAUGGCAACGUGUGCAGGUGCCAUUUGUGCUUGGUCCUGAAAACAGAAAAAUGGUAAUUGAAUCUGCUGCAUCAAAAUGGAGGGAGUUCAAGUCUCGACUCACUACAAAUUACAUUAUCCCUUUCUUGGAUGACCCAGAAUCCUUAAAGUAUCCUCCAGAUGAUUACAGAUUUAUUAAUGCAGAUCAUUGGACUGCAUUUGUGGCCGAACGGACAAACGAAAAGUUUCUGAAAUGCGUAAGACCCAACAAUUGCGGCGCCGCAAGAACAAAUAUCCGCAUCGAAUGUCCCGUAAGGGAUAUGCUGGGUUGGAGGAUGAGCUGUCUGAAUCAAUGGAGGAGGAAGAAAUUGAUAGAGCAACACUAUGGAUUAAAGCACGUCAGACCAAGCAGGGGACCUUCAAGGAUGAAGAGACAAAGCAGUGCGCUGAAAAAAUUGUUACCUUGAAGGAGAAGGUUGCUAUUGGAGAACUAAACACUAGCGGAAGUGAUGAUGUAUUGACGUUGGCUUUGGGGACUCCUGAGCAUCCUGGAAGAGUGAGAGGCGUGGGAGGUUAUGUGAACCCCUCCAUUUACUUCCACUUCCCUAAACGUAGAAAGGAGAGCAUCCAAGAGGCGGUGAAAGUGAGUGUGCAGAAAAUUCUACAAGAGCAAAAAGAGAAGAUCAUUGAAGAGGCCAAGGAGCAGAUUUUACAAGAGCACAAAGAGAAGAUCAUUGAAAAUGCUAAGGAGCAGAUAAUUGCAGAAGAAAGGGCAUUUUGGAUUGCUAAAUUUGCAGAGCUAGAAGCAAAGGUAGAUGGAAGGCGUAGUGGGACAAGCAACAAAAGUAAUCUGCAUGGUUCUGUGGGUAGUUGUUCACAAACCGAUAUUCCCGGUGUUGGUGAAGUUUCCAAGAAGAAGGAGAAGGAUGCCAAAUCUGUCCCCAUUAACCACAAACAUAAUGACCAGGGCAAGUUGGCUGAGGUGGUAGAUAAUGCAAAACUGGAAGAAGAUCAAGCUCAGGUGCAUGAUGACCCUAUAGGGUAUAUAGAUUUGACAACAAAGCAAGAAAAAUCAAAGGUGAUGGGAGUUGAGAUUGAUGCCAAGUUGGCAUUAGGGUCAAUUGACCAUAUUGUAGCUUUAGCUACUAUUAUGGAAUGCGAUGACUCCUCUCAAACUUGUCAUGGUUAUCCACUAGGGGAUAAUAAUGUGCGAGUUUCAGUCUAUUGUGUUGUAGAUGAGAAAGCCUUAGUUCCAUUUCCUGUGGCCGAUGAAAUACUAACUGUUAGGCAAGCCAUGGGGAGCUGGGUAGCAUGGCCAAAAGAGCUGGUCAUAAUGUCACAUGACAAGAAAUUUACCAAGGAUAAAGCUGAGAAGAGGAAGAGAAAAAAAUUGGUACUGGAAGAAGACGAAAAUGCUAAGGUACUAAUUAGCUUAAAGUCUUUAGCACCUUCCUUGCCAGCUCCAUUGAAGAUACUUUGCAAUUGGGGUGAAGAGGCAUUUAAAGAUGGGCGUGCUAUCACGUUCGAAAUGGAGUCUGAAGUAUUUGGGUAUCAACGAAAGACGUUUAUACUAGGAUCAGAUGUUGAAAGAAUUGCUAGCAUGAGGGAAGUUACUGGAAACUGCAUAGUGUAUACCAGAGGUACCUUCUUGAUUUAUUGA